AUGUACACCCCAUCCAUCAUCCAAGGGCUCCUCCUCGCCAUCACCCUGGUGUCCUCCUCCGAAGCUGCACUCGGAAUCAACUGCCGCGGAUCAGCGAACUGCAACACCUUCGGCAACACCCAGAUGGCCUUUCAGCUCAAACGCGCCAUCGACGGCAUUGACCCCAACCGCUGGUACAAUAAUGGUGAGCACAUCGCCUGUGUCGGAUCCGGUGCUCGCAUCACCGGCAAUGGCGGAUUCUGUGCGUUCCUACAGAACACCGGUGGCACCAAUGGUGCUGUGAUCAAGAGCCUGGCUCACUAUAUUCCGGAACAUGGAUGCAAGGUUUGCGGAAGUGUGCCGUAUUUCUAUCCUCAGGGCAAUAAUAAUGUGGAUGAUGGGGAGCUUACCUUCAAUUAUGUGGAUAAUGCGUGUACGAAGGAUGAAGCAAAGCUUUGUUGA